AUGUUCUUACAUAUCCUUGCACAUCAUUUAAAAAAUAGAGUUAUACGAUUUUAUUUUGGGAGGUCUGGUGAAACUAUUAGUAGGUAUUUUAAUUUGGUCUUAACUUCUAUGAUGAAACUGAAUCGAGACCUCCUAAAGAAACCUGAGCCAAUUGCUGAGGAUUCAAUAGACGAAAAAUGGAGGUGGUUUAAGCAUUGUUUAGGUGCUCUUGAUGGAACCCAUAUUAAAAUGAAGGUGCCUAUGGCUGACAAAGCGAGAUAUAGAAAUCGAAAGGGGAAAAUAACUACUAAUGUGUUGGGAGUUUGCUCUCCGGAUGGACAAUUCAUAUAUGUCUUAACGGGUUGGGAAGGCUCAGCAGCUGAUGGUAGAGUUUUGCGAGAUGCUAUUAGUCGUAGGAAUGGUUUGAAAGUGCCUCAAGGCCAAUAUUACUUGGUUGAUGCGGGGUAUGCAAAUUGUGAAGGAUUUCUUGCCCCAUUUUGAGGUCAGCGAUACCACUUAAGUGAGUGGAGGGAUGGACGGCAGCCUUUAACUCCACGUGAGUGCUUCAACAUGAGGCAUUCAUCUGCGCGUAAUGUUAUUGAACGAUGUUUUGGAAUGUUGAAACUACGAUGGGCUAUUCUUAGGAGUCCUUCAUUCUACCCUGCU